UCUGCGAGGAUUGGUGUAUCUUUCCGCUUCAAAAGCGAAAAAUUAAUGAAAAUCCUGUUCUAACGACUCGUAGAAGGCUAUUUCUGUGUGAUUCUAAGUUUUAAGUGACAUUGCUACUGCAUAAGUAUCGUUUGAAGUCCCGAAUCCCGCUGAAUUUUACCAUCAAAGAAAAAUAAUAGAAGCAUGAAAAUUAAACACAAGCAGUAAAAUGAAGUUAGUGAAGAAUUACCAACAUUAAUAAAGAGUUAUAAUCCACAUGAUUUAAAUCAUAGCUAUAUAACUAUUAUGCAGCCAACAGUACCUGAUUAGAAAUAUACUAAUAUUAUAAAAAGGAAUAAAAUAUAUUUUUGUUUGUUUCUAAGGGAUAAACUCAAAAACAACUAGACUGAUUUUAAAAGGUCUUUCACUGUUGGAAAGCUACACUCUUCCUGAGUAACUACAAUAUUUUAUCCCGGUGCAGGCAGUGUUUCCCAUGGGACACGGGUGAACCCACGAGCAGAAGCUAGUUUUAAUAUAAAGUUGUUAAUGCUAAAGAGUUCACAAUACCUACCAAAAUGUCAUAUAUUGAGCUUGAGACUGUCCGUCCCUCCGUCAUCAAGUAUGCACCAAAGAAAAGCCAGAAGGAAUCCAGUCCAAUUGAACCGACUGCAGAAAAGGUGCCCCCAAAAAGGGCAACAUCCAAACGCAGUCUACGUAAACUGAAACCAAAGUACUGCACCCCUAACUCCAAGAUAUGGAGACCGUAUGCCAAAGAAAAACAAUUCAAAUGUGAUAUUUGUAAGUCUAGUUUUGACAAUAAAGCUCUUUUGAAAAGACAUAUUUUGAUACACUCUGUUAAAAGACCUUACAACUGUACUGUUUGUAAAAAGAGCUUUAUAAAAGAGAGUCUUUUGAAGACGCACCUCAGUUCUCAUACGGGGGAAAAGCCUCAUAAAUGUAACUUAUGUGAUUGCAGUUUUAUGCUGCCAAUAGAUUUGAAAAGGCACAACUUUACUCAUACUGGUGAGAAACCUUAUAAAUGUGAUAGCUGUGACAGUGCGUUCCGUCAACCCGGUGACUUGAAAAGACAUAUGCGGAAACAUACCGGAGAAAAACCAUACAAAUGUAAUAUAUGCCAUAAGAACUUUGCUCAACUGCACGGAUUGAAGAAACACAACCUUAUACACACUGGUGAAAAGGAUUUUAAGUGUGAGGAGUGUGAUAAAGCGUUCAGUAAUGCGGACGCUUUGAAGACUCAUGUCCGCAUUCACAGCGAUGAACAACCACAUAAAUGUGAUGUCUGUGAACGUCGUUUCACACAGCUAGAAGGUCUUAAGAAACACUACAGAAUCCACACAGGAGAAAAACGGUAUAAAUGUGAAACUUGUGCCAAAGAGUUUAGAGAUUCCGGUGAUUUGAAAAAGCAUGUGCGCAUACAUACAGGUGAGAAACCUUUCAAAUGUGAUAAGUGUCCGGAGAGUUUUAAAGAAAGAGGUCAUUUGAAACGUCAUGUCCGCAUUCAUACAAAUGAGAAGCCGUAUAGCUGUAGUAUUUGUCUGAAGUCUACGUUCAGAGAUGCGAGUGACCGUAGAAAGCAUAUACGCACACAUUUGAGUGAGACUCCGCAUAAAUGUGAUAUUUGUAAUGAGACCUUCAAGUAUAAGCCAACGUUGAAAUCACAUCUUGCUAAGCAUGAGAAAAAUAAAAUUGUUAUUCAUUAAACAAUACUCUAGGUAUAUUAAUAACAUAAAUAGAAGUUCAUAUUCGUAAACGAUCUCUGUAACUAAGUCUGUGUAUUUUGUUCCUAUAUCCGAUCUUGGGGCCCGCAGCAAGAAUGGGGCCUGUGGCAAGAACAGCCAGGGGCCUGUCGCAAUUCUGCUCGUUGCAAGAAUAAAAGAAUAACGUGGGCCGCCUUAAGUCCUAUCGUGCCAACAUGAAAACAGCCAAAAAGCAAGUCAGUUCGGUGGCACAGGGAGGGACGUACAAGGCCUGUGCGAGGGCCCCCUCACAGCCGCGGGGCCCAUAGCCAUUGCUACUCUUACUAAGUAUAUGAAUUAUCCGGCAACUGAAUGUAGGUAAUCUUCAUCAUAUUAUGUUAUUGAUGUUUACCAUGUAAAACAUGUAAAUAAAUUAAAAUCAUUAUUUAAAUGAAUGUUUCAAAUCAUAAUAGAUAUUAAUAUUAUGUAAAUAACUAUUCUAUCUUUUUUAAUGUAAUUUUUCAACGGUUUGCGCCGCGCUUCAAGCCGGUAAAAAUCCAGUUUUAACUGGUUUGUCUGUAAGGACGCUCCGCGCCGCAGGCCGGUUGUUUCCAAUAAAAUUUAAGAAUCUCUUAUGCAUUAAGUUUUAGAUUAUAUUCUUAUGUAUUAUGUCAUAGAUAUCUGUCUGUCGUACAUUGUAUCAAUGGAUUCAUUUAAUGUGAUUAAAUGUUGUGUAAAUAUAAUUCAAUGAGAAAACAUUCCUCGGUAAAAA